AUGACACUAACCAAAAAGUUAGCGGUUUCACAAUUCAUAACAACAUCAAAGAAUGAUUAUUAUCAUUUAUUCUUAAAUGGAUCAUUCUUUUUAUAUUAUAUAAUAAUAGCUUUAUUAUUUUGUUUUUUCAUUAUUUUUAAAAGAUAUAGAUCACCAAAAACAAUAAUUAUUUCAUUAUGUUGUAUUGUUAAAGUUUUCUUUUCAUCAUUAUUUUUAACAGAUUUUUUAAAUUUUAUUGAUAAUCAAAAAUAUAAUUAUUCAAAAAAUUCAUUUUAUUUCAGUAAAUUAUUAAAAUCAUUAUCAACAAUAUCAUCGAUAACAACAUCAUCAACAUUAAAUUCAUUUCACUUUUACUUAUUUAUAUCAUUUAUAACAUUUGCAUUAUAUUUUAUAAUAUCAUAUAAACUAUAUGGUAUAGUUUAUAAGAAAUCUGAAAACGAAAUUAAUAAUGGUGGAAUUAUAAAUGAAAUUAGAAAUAAAUUAUUAAAUACAAUUUUCAAAGGUAGAAGAGUUGCAAUCGUUGAAUUGAUAGCAUUGGUUUGGAUAUUUAGUUUACUAUUUAUGAUUUUACAAUCAUCAUUAUUUGAAACAUCAAAUAUUGAAUCAGGAAAGAGUAAAAAAGUUUUAAUAUUUUCAUUAUUAUCUUUAAUUUCAUUUGGUUAUUUAUUAUUAAAUAUUAGAACUAGAUCAAAGAAUUUACAAAUUUCAAGAAAUUCAUUUUUAGAUAAUCAUUCAACAACAACAACAGCAAUUAAAAAUAAAGUAACAUUUGAAUUGUUUAAUUUAGAGAUUUCAAAAGAUAUUGUUAUAACAAAAUUAAAUGAUUCAUUCGCACAAUUCAUUUAUUAUUCAACAAUGUAUUAUUUUUCAAUUACAUUGGUUUAUUAUAGUAUAACAAUAUCAAGUGGAUUUUGGAAAUUAGCUUUAGAUGGAGUAUCUCCAACUUUUUCACUUGCAAUUUCAACUUAUCAAGCAAUUGCAAAUGUUUUACCAAUAAUUGAUAUCAUUUUCACAAUAACUUUUAUUAUACAUUCUAUCACUUUAAUAAAUUAUUCAAAUCAAAUUUAUGAAAUCGAUAAAGUAAUAAUAAAUAAAAAUAAAUCAAAAUAA